UAAUAAUCUUUGCACUAUUGCGUUCAACAGAUCUUAGCAAAUGCUUAUUGUCUGUAAUUGUCCCUUUUUUAUAAAUCUGUAUGAUGUAUGAAAGUAUAUGCCAAUGAGAAGCAACAAUAGCAAAGCGCUUGCUAAGCGCAGAGUUUUGCUGAACGCAGCCAAUCAUAUUUCGUUAUAUGUUGUUACUUCCACAAAAAUAGCUGAUUGGUCAUUGUUCUUUAUCGCGACGCUAUGGUUUUUUUGCGCAACAGUGUUAUUUCCCGCCGAGCAGUCUUUUAUCAAGAUGGAAGAUAACGCAAAACCAGUUCGUAAAAGAAAAAUUAGUUGUAGGGCUGANACAAAGGCAGUAACACGAUUGCAUGUCGCAAGCUUGCAGCAACGUAUUGAGAACAUUUUCAAUCACUCGUCUCUCUCAAACAGCAGUACUAAUGACAUCGAAAGUGAUCACGAUGAAGAAUUUGGUUGUGAUAGAGAUAAUAGUGAAGAAUGCAUUGAGACGCAGGAGAACAAUGAUACAAGUGAGGAUGGCAGUCAUAGGGCUAACAGUGAUUCAGAAUAUGAAUCAAAUUCCUCAGAAUGUAGUGAUGCUUGCGAAGCAGUUGAGGAUCUGAGAGCUUUACAUGAUAAUAAUGAAGAAAGGAAUGCGUAUAUUCUACGUGAAUUGAAGAAGUGGGCUAUACAAGGGGUUUCUUGCAAAAAAAUUGAUGCACUUCUCAGAAUGCUGCAGAUAGUGUUUCCUAUUCUACCAAAGACUUAUCGAACUUUAUUAAAAACUCCUAGGACUACAAAUCUUGUAGAUAUGGGAAAUGGUAAAUUCUGGUACAAAGGUAUUCAACAUAGUGUUGUGCCACGACUGUCAGAAAAGUAUCUUUCUGACAGAGAGAAUAUACAGUUUGACAUCAACAUUGAUGNUCUGGAAUUAUAUCCUAGUUCCCGUCAAACAUUUUGGCCAAUAUUAGGUUGUCUUGCGUAUGAGAAAGAGCCAUUUAUAAUAGUAGUUUACCAUGGGGAAGGUAAACCUCCACUAGAACCCUUUCUACGGCAAUUUGUGGAUGAACUUUCUAUUUUAAUGAUAAAUNGAAUUAUAUUUAAUGACACUUUGUAUCGUGUUAAAGUACGGAAUUUUAUUUUAGAUGCUCCCGCAAGAGCAUUUAUAAAGUGCAUUAAAGGACAUACACCAAGAAAAGCUUGUGACAAAUGUCAUGUUAUUGGCAUGCGCUAUAAAAACAGAAGUUUUUUUGGAUCAAAAUGCAAUUCUUCGCAAUGAUGAAGAGUUUAGGUUAAAGAUAGAUGCUGCUCAUCAUAUUUCCGGGAUCGUGUCUCCGUUAGAAGAAAUUAGGAUCGGCAUGGUGUCUCAGUUCAGGUUGGAUGAAAUGCAUCUUUUAUAUAUUGGAGUUUUUCAGCGAUUGAUGGAGUUUAUCUUAGGAAAACAAGGAUUAAAUCGAGGAAAAAUUUCAGUGCGCGACAAAUUUGCAGUGUCCGCUACAAUCGACGAAAUUAAAUCUUAUAUUCCGGCUGAAUUCUGCAGAAGACCUCGCAAUUUAUCUUAUUUCGGAAGAUACAAAGCAUCAGAAUUUAGGAGGCUUUUCCUGUAUGACGGAUUGAAGAUGUUCAGUUUGCUAGAUCNAAAUUUAUAUACAAACUACUUAUUUUUGCAAUGCGGAGUAUAUAUUCUUUCAAGUCCUCUUUUAGUUGAAAGGAACGAUAUGAUUCAACUAGCAGAUUUUCUUCUUCGUUCAUUUGUUCGUCAUGCUGCAGAUAUCUUUGGAAAUGAAUUUGUCACUUAUAACGUUCAUGUACUUUGCCAUUUAGCUACGGAAUGUCGCACUCAUAUGGCUCUUAAUAACUUCAGUGCAUUUAAGUAUGAAAAUUAUUUGGGUGUCAUCAAGCGUUGUCUAAGAGCAACAAAUAUACCUCUUCAACAACUUUAUAACAGAGACUUUGAAAGAGGAGGUCGACUCAUGCAGAAAAAUAUACUUGACGAAGAACGCAUUGAACUAAGUCAAAAACAUUACGCGGAAGACGAUGAAGUAGAGAUUUAUUUCAAGUUAACUAUGCCCGGAAUGAUACUUUCUACGUCAAAAGCUGAUUGUUGUUUUCAGUCAAAAAGUGACAUGGGCAUCUGUAAGGUAUCGCAACUUGAGGAAACCGAAAAAGUCUGGUCUCUUGAUCAGAUUCUCCAGAAAUGUAUUCUCAUUCCUGCUGAUAAUAGUUCUCUGUGUAUUCCGCUCGUUCAUGCUGAGCAAAAGUAAAAUAAGGUUUUCAGUCGUUGUUUGGCCAGAUGGUGGCAUAUGCGUGGUGGCAACUAAAUGGAUGAAUAAAUCUAAAGAAAGUGUCAUGUAUCCUACAAAAACCAAAUGUCCUACGAGAUUGGUAAUGUCUCUUGUGGAAGCGCAAAAAGACUGGGAAGAAUUUAAUAUUG